AUGGGCCAGUCAUCCUCCAAAACACCUGCUGAUCCAAAGAAUCAAAAUUGGGCAUCCAGUGUUGAUGAAUUUGUUAAGGAUUUCAAGAUGGAAAGCCAAAUGUUCUCUCCUGAAACUAUCGAUUUCAUUAAAUCAAAUCUGGAGACAGGAAAUAUGCAGGGGGCAGUUUCUGUGAUCAGUAAUGUAAUGAAAGAGAUUGAGAAUGCCACAAUACAUAUUGCUGUGACAGGUGAGUCUGGGUCAGGAAAAUCUAGUUUCAUUAAUGCCCUCAGAGGUGUUGGGCAUGAAGAUCUUGAUGCAGCUGCCUGUGGGGUCGUGGAGACAACAAUGGAGAGAAAGCCAUAUCGUCAUCCAAAGAUCCCCCAUGUGACACUGUGGGACCUGCCUGGCAUUGGGACCACCACAUUUCAGCCUCAGGAGUAUCUGAAGAAAAUGAACUUUAAUGAGUAUGACUUUUUUAUUAUUGUUUGUGCUCAACGUUUUAAACUAAAUGAUUCACAAUUGGCCACAGUCAUUAGAAAAAUGAAGAAGAAUUUCUACCUUGUUCGAACUAAAGUGGACCAUGAUGUAUAUAAUCAAAGAAGAGCUCAACCCAAGAACUUCUGUAAGGAUAAAACCCUACAAAUGAUCCGAGAGGACUGCUUGCGUAACCUGCGGGCCAUUGGUGUGAACGAUGCUGGGGUCUUUCUAAUCUCCAGUUUUGAAGUGUCUGACUACGAUUUCCCAAAGCUGGAGACCACCCUUCUGGAGGAGCUUCCAGCUUAUAAACGUCACAUCUUCACGCAAUGCCUUCCUUGUGUUACGGAUGCUGCCAUUGAACGGAGGAAGGAUUAUUUGAGGCAGAAGAUCGGGCUGGAGGCCCUGCAGUGUGGAGCACUUGCCACGAUUCCUGUCAUGGGAUGCAUCAGUGACAGUGAUGUGCAGCAGUUGGAGGCGACCUUAACUUUCUAUAGGUCUUAUUUUGGGUUGGAUGAUGCAUCUCUGGAACAUAUAGCCAAGGACUUGCACUUGUCAGUAGAAGAACUCAAGGCAAAAUUGAAGUCUCCACAUUUGCUGUCAGUGGAGAAAGAUGAUCUCUUAUGGGACAAACCAUUGAAAAAGUUUGAGAAAUUCUGCUCUAUCAGUGGAGAACUUCUUGCUACUGGUCUCUACUUUAGAAAGACUUUCUAUUUGCAAAAUCAUUUUCUUGACACUGUGGUGGAUGAUGCUAAAUUUCUUUUGCAGAAAGCAGUCAUUAAAGAACAACAUUAG